AUGGACCAAAUCAAAUUAGAACCAACUUCAGCUUCAUCGGCAGCCAGCGAGACCGGCGGCAUAGACUUACAGGUGCCAUACGCGUUUAUGGAGUACGCAGCAAACAAGGGCAGAUUGCCAGUGAGUACGGCAAUAUUUGAGGCAUUUGUUGAAAAGUACUGUAAUUCAGGCGAAGAUAUUCAUGUGUGCGCCAGUAAGCAUGGCCUUGGUGCUAAGAAAAUUCAGGAAGUAGUGCGCGCUUACUACCACAUCGUUGAUAUUUUGGCCGUUCAGGACGCUAGGAUUGGUUAUCGACAGGAUCAGCACACCCAAACAGCAAAGUCAGCGCUGUUCACUACGCCCGGGUUCGGCCGGCUGGCCAUUUUUGGAGGACAGGGCGGAAUGGACCACUACAUGGAGGAAACCCGGUCAGUAUACACCACGUAUCGGCCGCUGGUGAGAGAUUUUGUGAUGCGGAUGGCGGCAUUUCUAAAGCAAGAGGCAGCGGAACCAAAGUUUAGGCAGCUGUACCAAUUUGGUCUUGACCUGAUGCUGUGGCUAGAGCAUCCCGAGCAAGUACCGAAUCAGCGUUACAUGAUGUCAGUUCCAGUGUGCAUUCCGCUUGUCGGACUGACGCAGCUGAUGCAAGUAAUGGUGCUUUACAAGACGCUGGGAAUGACGCCUGGAGAACUGGCCGAUUCAUUCGAAGGUACGUUUUCAGACCAGGGGAUUACUACGGCUGCAGUGUUGGCAGCAGUCACCGACGAGGCGUCGUUUUACCGCAUAUCAGAGAUUGGGCUCGGGUUGCUCAUUUUAUGCGGAUCGUUCCCCCAGCUGGACUACCCUAUGGUUACAGGGGCAGCGCCCAUCGCAGUAGACGGACAGCAGCAGGUCACACCGAUGGUUUCAGUGGUGAAGCUGACGCGAGAGCAACUGAAGGCAGCAAUCGACCGGCAUAACAGCAUGCAUGCGUUGGCGGACAAGCAGGUGCACUUGUCGUUGACAAAUGGGGCAAGGAUGUUUGUAGUGUCGGGGGUUGUCGAGUCGCUGGGUCCAUUUGUGCAGGAGCUACAGCGCGAGUUUGACAGCCGAGGGAAUGACCAAUCGCGGGUUGCGUUUUCGCAGCGCAAGCCGGGGGUGCUGAUCAAGUUCCUGUCCAUAAACGCGCCAUACCACUGUGCAUUACUGCAGCAUGCAACGGAAGGCGCGUGCGCAUAUGCAACACACAAGGGCUGGCUGCUUGAUCUGCAGGACAUGCGUCGGCCGGUGCGUGCCAGCAACGACGGCCACGACAUCCGCAGCGAGCCGAAUAUCGCGCACUACUUGCUGCAGAGCAUGUGCAUGCUGCCGGUGGAUUGGCCAAUGGCUGUCGCGUGCAAGGGCAUAACGCACGUGGUGGAUUUCGGCCCCGGCGGAGCCAAUGGAUUUGGCGCAAUCACGCAGCGGAUUCUCGAAGGCCGCGGCGUAGCGGUUGUCUGUGCGGGCGCGUUUCCCAGUGCUGGUGUCUCCUCCUCGCAGCAGCAGCAGCUGAGUGUGGCAAGCAAGAUCGAUCUGUACGCCAGCGAUGCGUCGCUGCUGCUAAAGGCGGCGGACUGGGGGCAGCAGUUCCGGCCGCGCCUGGUGCGCACCAGGUUUGACGGCCAGCUGCAGAUCGACACGCCCAUGAGCCGUCUGCUUGGCAAGCCGCCAGUGAUGGUUGCCGGUAUGACGCCGUCGACUGUCAGCGAGGUAUUUGUGUCGGCUGCCAUGCUACGCGCCAAGGUCGACAAGAUCCUUACACUCGUCGACCCUGGACUCGGCAUCACAGUCAACUCAAUCUACCAGAUGCGCCGCGAGGGUGUCCCCAUGGAGGGCCUGUGCAUCGGUGCCGGUGUACCGUCGUUCGACGUAUGCAACGAGAUCAUCUCGAGCAUCAGCGCCGUUGGCUUCCGCCACAUUGGGCUAAAGCCCGGAUCCGUGGCGACCAUCCGCCUGGUCAUCAAGAUCGCGCAGGCCAAUCCCAAUUUCCCGAUCUUGCUCCAGUGGACCAGUGGUCGUGCCGGUGGCCACCACUCUUUCGAGGACUUCCAUCAGCCUAUCCUCGAGACGUACGGCGCCAUCCGCGCCCAGCGCAACAUUGUGCUUGUCGCCGGUUCGGGCUUUGGCGGUGUCGACGACACUCUGCCCUACCUUACCGGUGAGUGGAGCCGUCGCUUCGACUGCGCACCCAUGCCCUUCGACGGCUGCCUGUUCGGCUCGCGCGUCAUGGUCGCCAAGGAGGGUAUGGCCUCGGACGCUGUCAAGGAGGCCAUUGUUGCCGCGCCUGGCAUCGACGACUCCGAGUGGGAGAAGACAUACCAGGGCCCGCGGGCGGCAUUGUCACUGUGA